AUGGCACACCAGUAUUUGAAACGCUACUAUAGGCUAGAUCUCUACAGUUCCUGCAUAUUCCCGUUGUUCCUCUUUUAUCAAAUUCUCUUCUCAGACAACACAAAGAGCGUAGACGCGUUGCUCAAGAAGAUUGUGAUAGUCCACAUGUUUACAAACACAAUAAUGAUCCUGUAUCACGUGCUGGUCCUGCCAUUUCUGGUUAAGUUAACGGGAAGCGAGGACCUACAGCAACAAAAGUCGAUGAAAGUGGAAGUGGCCAUAUUCAUAGUGCGCCACAGACUGAAGGAGAAGAUGCAUCUGCUGGCUCGCCUCUACCUGUACCUGCUGUUUCUAGUCUUCGUGCUGACAACCAACAACUCCCCAAUAUACCUGCUGAACUACGCAUACAUAAGUAUGCUGUUCAUAAGUGUCUACUUCGGAACGAUAGUCCACUUCGUCCUACUCCCAAAUUCGGACCAAAUUGAAGGGUAUUCACGCCACCUGAGCAUUCUCAGCUCUGAAAUGGAUAAAAAGUUUAUAUUGAACCAAGUAGAAGACAACAUUGUGCUGAACUACGAACAUAGCCCAAUGCUAUAUAAGCUAUGCAUUAUUCAAGUGGCGCUGGGCAUAUUCGGAGUGUGCUUCGGAAACUACCUGCUGCUGCUGGACUGGUUCCAGCUCUUUGCAAGGUUCCCAGUGACGACGUACCUAGGAAUCUUCCUAGGACACCUGCUCUCAUCAGUGGCCUGUAACCUGGCAAUCAUGGGAGGAAAGGAAACCACUGGUAGUCUAUCAAAAGGAAGGGAGUACAGUAGUAAGAUGGAACGCAACGCCGGAGAAAGCGAAAGCGUAAAAAGGCCAAGGAGAGGAUUCAUUGAGUUUUUACUAAGUUGA